GAUAAAGAUAAACCUCCUGAGGUUUCUGCAACUGGAGCUCGGUUUACUCACCAUGUCAGUAGUUCAGAGUCUCAAGUGCGCAUUUCCCGCUCUCGCUCUCGUCUCCCCCACCGUUUCGAGGGCUUCCCCACUCCCCUCCGCCUCUCUCCCUCCACCGCCACAUCGCUCUACCCCCUCCUCUUCUAUUUUCUUCUCACCUCUCAAGAAUUCUUCGAACCUCAGAUGGGGCCGCCGGCAUGUUCCGGACCCAGCUCUCUGCUCUCCCGCCUCCGAAUUCUCCGGCAAUGCCGAUGCCGGAGAAGAGCAAGAAGAAUUAGAAGAAGGGCUUGUUGAUUCUGAUGGCAUUGACUAUGAUGAUGAUGAUGAUGAUGAUGACCAUGAUGGCACUGGUGAAGAUUAUUCGAUAGAUGUUGAAGAGCUUGAAGAAGAUGCAAAGGAUGCUGUUCGACAGUAUUCUUUGUCAUUGUCUCGUCAAUUGAGUGCCGGAGAAGAGACAAGUGAUCAAAAGGAUGCUGGCAGAAAGAAAAAGAGGCAUAGAAGCACAUUUAACAAUGUCCCUGAUCAUCUUCUUCCAAAGGUUGCUAUCGUUGGAAGGCCAAAUGUUGGUAAAUCAGCAUUAUUUAAUCGUCUUGUUGGGGGUAACAAAGCAAUUGUGGUGGAUGAGCCAGGGGUUACUAGGGAUCGCUUGUAUAGUAGAUCCUUCUGGGGUGACUAUGAAUUCAUGGUGGUAGACACUGGAGGUGUUCUCACAAUUUCAAAAUCACAGGCUAAUGUCCUGGAAGAAUUGGCAAUUACAACCACCAUUGGCAUGGAGGGGAUUCCACGUGCCUCCAGGGAGGCAGCUGUUGCCAAGAUGCCUUCAAUGAUUGAAAGACAAGCUACUGCAGCUGUGGAAGAAUCAUCAGUCAUUAUAUUUCUUGUUGAUGGUCAGGCAGGUUUGACAGCAGCUGAUGAAGAAAUAGCUGACUGGUUACGCAAGAACUACUCAAAAAAGCACAUCAUUCUUGCAGUGAAUAAGUGUGAAUCUCCACGUAAAGGUGUUAUGCAGGCUUCCGAAUUUUGGUCCUUGGGGUUUUCACCACUUCCUUUAUCUGCUAUAACUGGGACUGGAACUGGAGAGCUUCUUGAUCUUGUUUGUUCAGGAAUAAAAAAAGUUCAGGGUUCAGAGAAUCUUGAUGAGGAAGAAAGUUAUGUUCCUGCACUUGCAAUUGUUGGUCGACCAAAUGUUGGUAAAAGUAGCAUUUUGAACGCAUUAGUUGGGGAGGACAGAACAAUUGUUAGCCCAAUCAGUGGUACUACUCGUGAUGCUAUUGAUACUGAAUUUGCUGGGCUGGAUGGCCAGAAGUACCGGCUUAUUGAUACUGCUGGAAUCAGACGAAGGGCAGCCGUAGCUUCAUCAGGCAGCACAACAGAGGCUUUGUCAGUAAAUCGAGCGUUUCGUGCCGUUCGUCGUUCUGAUAUUGUGGCUCUUGUGAUUGAGGCAAUGGCAUGUAUCACAGAGCAGGACUACAAGAUAGCUGAGAGGAUAGAAAAAGAAGGCAAAGGUUGCCUGAUUGUUGUAAACAAAUGGGACACCAUACCAAACAAGAACCAGCAGACAGCAAUGUACUAUGAGCAAGAUGUUAGAGAAAAGCUUCGUAUUCUUCAUUGGGCACCUAUUGUUUAUUCAACUGCAAUAUCUGGUCAGAGUGUUGAAAAAAUCAUUGUUGCUGCUGCUAUGGUUGAAAAAGAGAGAUCAAGAAGACUAGGUACUUCCAUAUUAAAUCAAGUGGUACGGGAAGCGCUUGCUUUUAAGCCACCUCCAAGGACACGAAGUGGAAAGAGAGGGCGUGUCUAUUACUGCACUCAGGCAGCUAUAAGGCCGCCCACAUUUGUGUUCUUUGUUAAUGAUGCAAAACUUUUCCCUGAAACAUAUCGGCGGUAUAUGGAAAAGCAAUUGCGGUCAGAUGCAGGGUUCUCUGGUUCACCAAUUCGGCUUCUAUGGCGCAGCAGAAGAAAGAUGGGAAAAGAUGAAGCCAGGGCAGCAACAACAUCAACAGCGACACAAUCAAAUUUUGCGGCAUGAAACAGAUAUUUGGCUGUAGCUGCAUGAAUUAUUUUGAUGUUUUGUCAUCUCGGGACCAGCCUGGUUUUAGAUUAUGGACCAGACAUUCACGGGAUAAUUUUCAUGUUAGUUUCCAAAUCAACCUACCAAACAGGUGUUCCAGCCAGGUAAGGUGCAAUAAGCAUGGAGCUUCCUUCUGUAAAAUUCAGUUCUCUCUCCUUGGUUGGCAUUGCUACAAGUUCAGAUCUCAAGCAACCAUUGUUAGGAGGGAACUCAAUACUGUUUGUACGUAUUGAUUGGUUGGGAACAUGUAAAUUCUGAACGUGGCUUUCAUUGCUCAACUUGUUAUUACUGUCAUUUGUCAAGUUCAGAGGAGCUCUGUUUGUAUGGACAGCUUUCCUUCUUAUUAAUGUUUCUUUAAUUGUA